CGGAAUCGGCCAAAUCGUUCCUUCUCUGGCCUCCCCUUUAAUCGCGACGCCUUUAACGAGCUGCUGGAACCGUCGGGUCCUAGCGCCGGUCCGCGUCCGCGAACGGGAUGAGGUGGUGCUGGCUGGCGGCGCUGCCCUUCCUGCUGACCGGGGCCACCCUCUCGAAGAAAGAUGCGAAGAAGGCGGGGGCCCGGAGCCCUGAGGAGGAGGCAGGACCUUCGAAACAUUUGGUUCAGGAUCGUGGCCUCGUUGUCACUGACCCAAAGGCCAAAGAUAUUGUGAGGGAGCAGAAGAGCUACUGCGCCCCAAAAGCGACAGAACGACACUUCAACAAUGAAGUCCUGGGAUACAUCACCCCCUGGAAUAGCCAUGGCUAUGAAAUUACAAAGACUUUUGGUGGAAAAUUCACCUUAAUUUCUCCAGUGUGGCUGCAGAUCCAGAGAAAAGGACUUCAGCUAUAUCACGUGACUGGCCAGCACGACGUAGACCAAGGAUGGAUGAAGAAGGUGAGGGGAGAUUUCAACGCAGUCCGUAUUGUUCCCCGGGUUCUGUUUGAUGGCUGGACCUACCACGAUUAUGAGAAGGUGUUCAGCAGCGAGGAUGAGAUCGAGGGGUUGGCAGAUGCCCUGGUGCAGACGGCGAAGACGGAGGAGUUUGAUGGCUUUGUAUUGGAGGUGUGGAGCCAGCUCGGUGGCCAGAAGCGGAAGGAGCUCGCUCACAUGAUCCAACACUUGGCAGAAGCCCUGCAUGGAGCCAAGCUGAAAGUUGUGUUGGUGAUCCCACCAGCAAUCACUCCAGGGACCAACCAGCCUGGGAUGUUUGGGAAGCAAGACUUUGACCAGUUGGCCCGUGUCGUGGAUGGAUUCAGUCUCAUGACGUACGACUACUCGAAUGCACCUCGACCUGGCCCCAAUUCUCCUAUCCCCUGGAUCCAAGCAUGCAUUCAGGUAUUGGACCCUGAUGCAAACUGGAGGAGUAAGAUUCUGUUGGGACUGAAUUUCUACGGGAUGGAUUAUGGUACAUUUGGAGGAACUGUAGAACCAAUUGUGGGACAGAGAUAUAUAGAGAUUCUGAAAGAUCACAAGACAAAACUGCUUUGGGACGACCAGAUUGGUGAACACUACUUCGAAUAUAAAAGGUACCAGGGCGGGAAGCACGUUGUGUUUUAUCCGACAUUAAAGUCUAUACAGUUACGGUUGGAACUGGCUAAAGAGUUGGGCACCGGGAUCUCCAUCUGGGAACUGGGACAGGGGCUGGACUAUUUCUACGAUUUACUGUGAAAACGGCAUUCCCACAGAGAUGGCCCUUUGGAACCUUUUGAGCCUGUCUCUGGGCAGCCUAGAGGGUGGCCAAACUCGGUCACGGUACACAGGGGCUCUGACCCAGACUUGUGGAAUUUGGAAGCCAAUGUAAAUAUUUAAGUUCCCAAAAACUUGGUUUGAAAUAAAAGUUUGGAGAGUGCCCUCGGCUUCCUUU